UCAAGAAGGGGAAAAAGUAAGGGUGUCCAGCUGAGAUAAGAACGCUAGGGACUGGGGCAGAGGAAAGGGGUGGGGCUGAUGGACUCCUCCCCUAAUACCACCUGAUUUCAGAAGAGACUGGCCAAAGACAGGAGCCCAGGCAAGGGCAAUGUUUCCAGGACAAGUGUUGGGGAGAUUGGUGAAGCCAUUGAUCCUCUUGUGCUGUGCCUCCAUUUUCCUAGGGUUAACCCUGUUGGGUCUGCCCUCCAACAUCAGACCUCUUGCUUAUUUCCUCCUCGCCUUAGGUGGACUUUUUUUCCUUAUCUGCCUCCUCUUUUGCUUCGUGGAAUGGGGGGUCCAGGCAGUGCAAACGGAUACCACUGAGGCCUCGAGCUCAGCACGGGACAAUGCAGCCUUUGAAGUACCAAGCUAUGAGGAAGCUACAGUAUCAACUCAGGGUCCCAACUCAGAUUUGGGUGAGCCCCCUCCAUACAGCACUGUGAUCUCCUCACAGCUUCAGGAAGAGGCAUCUAACCAUUUGCCAGGACUCACAGGAGCUAGAACAGGCAGGCGGGGAAGAUCAGAUGGUACAAUGACCCACACAGAAGGCUUGGGCACCUCAAUCAAUCUACAGCUUCAGGAACACCCAAUAGGAUCUGAAACACCCCCACUGCAAAGCUUGCCACCUGUGGAGCCUCUUACCCCACCCCCAGAAUAUGAGUUCACACCUAGUAACCAUGAUCUCAAUGAUGACAAUGUUUUCAGUGAUGACAGUGUAUUCUAUGAGGAGGGCUGGACACCUCCUUAAACCUGUGUUCCUUGGACAUAUAAGAUUUCCCCAUCGGUGAUUUUCUUUACCUGGAUAACCUGAUCAGGGACUGGUACCUGUCAAGAGGAAGAGGCCAUCAGGGUGGAAUUCCUCUUCCCAGAGACAUGAUAUGACUGGCACCUCUAUUAUGUGUCUAUGUUUUGUACUCAUGGUGGCGGGGUCGAAAUGCCUCCCCCUGUCCUCCUCCCUUAAUCAACAUUCCCCUACCAAAAGCUGGAUGAUGGGAGUGGACUGGGAAAACCAGAGAGAAAGGGGAAGUGGGGCUGCUGUAUAUCUUCCCUGCCAUUCUCUAAUUUCACAAGAAGGAGAAGGAGGAACUGGAUUUAAAACCCAAACUCAUAACUGGUUUUGACCUUGGACAAGUCACCUAAUAACCAAACACCACAGUUGGAAGUAACUAUAGAGGCAAGCUAGUCUGACCUUAUCUGAGUAGGAAUCUAGGAAUCUUUUCACCAACAUCCCUGGCAAGAAGUCAUUCAGCUUCUCCUUGAGGACCUCCAGUGAAGGGUACCCCACCACCUCCUGAAGCAGCCCUUCCCACUUUGGAACAGUUCUCAUGGUUUACAAAGUCCUCCCUUCCACUGAGCCAAAAACUGCCUCUCUCAAACUUCCGCCUAUUGUUUCUGGCUUUCCUUUGUAUCCAAUCAGUUAGCCUAAUUCCUCUUCCUUAUAACCCAUCUCAGACUAGGUAACCAUCACAUUCUCCCUUCCAGUCUUUUUUCCCCAGGCUAAACACUGCUUAUUUCCUCAGCUGGUGCUCAUUUAGCACAUUCUCCAAUCUUCUCACCAUGCUAUUUACUCUGUAGAUGCAAAGUUUGUAAAAAAUCUGUCGUAAAAUCUUGUCCUCAGAACUGAACAUGAUACCCCGGAUGUGAAUUAAGCAGGGCAGAGUACAGAGAAUGAUCACCUCUCUUGUUCUGACCUCUCUACUUCUAUUCAUUCAAUCUAAAAUUCCAUUAACUUUCAUGACUUCUGUGUCACACUGUUGAGUCAUAGAGCUUGCUGACCUCUAGGACAUCUACAUCUUUUUUUUUUUAACACAAAAUUGCAAUUUCUUCCUUCUUUAUUUGAUUUUUUGA